CAGUGGAUGGUUGAAUAAUCACCUGUCUCAUGGCAUUUCAGCUAUGAAAUUUUGUCAGAAUUCCUUCGAAAAAGGGCUUUUGCGCUAUUGAAAAGACAUCCUAGAACAAUCCCUCCUCCCAGCACUCUCCAUUGAAGGUUUACGCUGAUCCACGAAAAUGGCUGUUCCACCUGCUUAUGCUGAUCUGGGUAAAUCCGCCAGAGAUGUUUUCACCAAGGGAUAUGGUUUUGGCUUAAUAAAACUUGAUUUGAAAACAAAAUCUGAAAAUGGACUGGAAUUUACAAGCUCAGGUUCAGCAAACUCAGAAACAAGCAAAGUUAGUGGUAGUUUGGAAACAAAAUACAAAUGGGUGGAAUAUGGAUUGAUGUUCACGGAAAAGUGGAACACCGACAACACACUAGGCACUGAGAUUACUCUUGAAGAUCAGCUUGCACGUGGCCUGAAGCUGACCUUUGACUCCUCCUUCUCUCCUAACACUGGGAAGAAGAGCGCUAAAGUUAAGACAGGGUACAAAAGGGAACACAUCAACAUUGGCUGCGACAUGGAUUUUGAUAUUGCUGGUCCUUCAAUACGUGGAGCCCUGGUGGUUGGCUACGAGGGGUGGCUGGCAGGUUACCAAAUGACUUUUGAGACAACGAAGUCUAGAGUAACCCAGAGCAACUUUGCUGUUGGCUACAAGACUGAUGAAUUCCAGCUUCAUACUAAUGUGAAUGAUGGAACGGAAUUUGGCGGCUCCAUUUACCAGAAGGUGAAUGAUAAACUGGAAACUGCUGUGAAUCUUGCUUGGACAGCCGGUAAUAGCAACACUCGCUUUGGAAUAGCAGCCAAGUAUCAGAUUGACCCAGAUGCCUCUUUUUCUGCUAAAGUGAACAACUCCAGUCUGAUCGGAUUAGGAUACACUCAGACUUUAAAGCCAGGUAUCAAACUGACAUUGUCAGCUUUGUUGGAUGGCAAGAAUGUCAACGCAGGUGGUCACAAACUUGGUCUAGGAUUGGAAUUUGAAGCAUAAGGAGUGAUUCUACAAUCACUAAUUUGAAAAUACAGCGUAGCUACCUUCAGAAUAUAGUGUACCUUUCAAUGUUUUAUGUCUGGGAUGCAAGUAUUGCUAAGUAUCAGUCCUGCUAGUCCUGGUUAAAGACAGCUAAGCUUUAAAAAUGAUGUUGUUACAGAAAUGGAGACAAAAGCAUAAAAAAAAAAAAUCCUAAUUCCAGGCUUUUUUUUUUUUUUAAUGUUAUUGCCCAUCACAUCUGUCAGCUGCCACAUGAUAGGAAGUAGGAAGGUAUUGAUUACCUUUACUAACAUGUUGACUGCACAAGGAAUAUAUUGAUGUGGUAUAAAAACUCGAGACGUUAAGAAUCGCAGACCACUAUAUUGUACUGUUAAUUCUGCAAGCAAAAUGUUCCAACAAUUAAGGUUUCAAUUCACGAUGGAAUGUGCAAACUUGUCUGAAAAAGAGAUUUUUUAAAAAUUUUUAUUUAGAUAGGUAUUUCAUGAAUGGUUUAUCUGAUUUGGUUAUCUUACACCUACAGCUGUCUCCAGAAUGGUUUAGGUUGUCCACCCUGUGUAAGUCCGUUGCAGAGGAGGUUUGAUGUGACUCAUUCAAUACUACCUGUCCUGUGUUGUGGUUCCUUUCCCUUGCACUGACUGGAAAGCUUGUAAGACAGGGCCAUAAUCAGGGAAGAGUCUUUGUAACUGCAAUCACAUAGUUGCAUCACUAAAUUUAAAAUGGACUUUUGUUUUAUUACCACUUUUUUUUAGCAACUAAAUGGGUACAUUUUUAGAGAGUCUUCCAUUUUGUGUGGAACUAGACCCCAAAAUGCUGUACUUGACACUACUAAAAAUGGAUAAAAAACCCAAACCCAACUUGAAUAAAAUAUUGAAAUGUCA